AUGAGCAUCACCGUUGACAACGCCAGGGAGUCCGUGCCGCUGCUGGCCAAGAACCUGUUAAGCAAAGAUCCGGUCUUAUUCAACUCUGCCAUCAACACGCACUUCGCCGCGCACUCCACUUACAAGGGCCACGGUCUCCAGUUACGUGGUGCCAGUGGAAUCAAACACGUGGCUUACCUUCUCAACUCAUUUGGCGCCGGACGGGCCGCUCUUCUGGAUGAGAGAUCAGUAUCAUUCGAACCUGGCGAGAAGAUCGCAAAAGUAGAAGCAAUUCGGUUCUUAAAACCGCGCUUCUUCCCUUUCUUCGAGCUGGCCAUGCCCGUGCGCACCACGAUCAUAUUUGAGGCCCCAAGCGGCGUCGAUAAACAGGACAACGUGGGAGAGAUUGAUCAACGGCUGCUCGUCUCCAGGUUUGAAGAUGAAUGGUACGCUGAGAAGCUGAUAAAGACCUUUCCCAUCGCGGGCAAUAUCUAUGUCAAACUAUUCGCUCCGAUCGUAUCCUUCAUCGUCCUGACCGUCGCGAAUGUGUUCUUCAAAUUCACUCGCUCGUUCCGCACCUCAGCUCGCCACGCAUUUGACGCUGUCGAGCCGCGAGCCAAGUCGAUCGGCACUCGUGCGGACCACAUUGUCCCUCAAACAGUCAAAGCGGGCCUACAUCGCGGUAUUGAUGAUGGCAUGAACCUUGCACAUGGUUACGGAGAGAAGACGGUCAAUUUCGUCACCAGUGUUGCGAAGAGACCUUUGGAGCUGGCCGAAUGGAUAUCGCAAAAGGGCGUUGCCACUGUCAACGCCUUCCUACCGAAAGCUCUCGCGUUGCCCAAGCCUUAUCUUCUAUCCUAUGAUGAUGACUCGAUCUAUAUGCCCUCGCUUAAGAAGAGGCCAGCGGAUAGCAGCAACGAUAACGCACAGCAGCGCAAGAGGCACGAGGCGGAAGCUGAUCUCGCCACGCAAUCAGCCGUGCCCGAAUCUGAGGCUACGGACGAGGUGCCGCCGCAAAACGACAGCACACCGCACUCGCCUGUCGCGGCUACGGUCCAGAUCGAGCCAAAAGAGGACAGCCAAUUCGGCCAACACAGCAUCGACAUCGCAUCUCGCAUUGGCAGCGACGUGGCCAAUGACCCGGCGCCCUUGGCUGGUGACGUGCAGAAAGAGUCAUUUUACGACAAAAUCACUCAUGGGCAGCACGCAGAGGACAACCGUAAUUCUGGCGGCGCAAAUCAUGCCAGUGGCUCUGGUGGUCAAGGGCAUGGCCAUGGUCAAGGCCAGAAGCACAAGAACCGGAAGAAGAAAGGCAAGAACGGCAAGUAAGCUGCGCAGCUAGCAUCCUUGCGCUUGUGAUAGCAAAGUCGAACGCAACCGCCGAAAGGAAAUUGUAUGCAUCCCGAAGUGACCGAUUCCAAUUCAUAGCUUCCAUUCGUCCGCAGUUAGCAAGUUUGUUCCGC